UAUACACCCAGCCGCACCCGCCGGCCGGCAUCUCAUUCCCUCCCACCACGACUCCAUCAACCAGCCAACCAACCCAUCAUCAUCAUCAGAGCUCUGCGCAAGAAUCAGACACAGCUUUCAACAACUAGCUCUAGCUGGCCGGCAUGGAGCUGGAGCUCGGGCUGGCGCCGCCGACCAACGCCGGCCGCCUCGUCGGCAGCGGGAAGAGGGGCUUCGGCGAGGCGUUUGAGGAUCAAGAGCGGAGGGCGGCGGUGGCCACGACGCUGCCGCUCUUCGACGACGGCAGCAGCAGUAGCAGCAGCUGCGACAACGAGGGCGGCGGCGGCGGAGGCGGAGGGAUGAACAAGAAGGCGCUGGUGGGGUGGCCGCCGCUGAGCGCCGCGCGCAGCAGGGCGUGCGGCGGCAGGCACGUGAAGGUGUGGAAGGAGGGCGCAGCCAUCGGGCGGAAGGUGUACCUGCCCUUCCACGGCUCCUACGCCGACCUCCUCGCCACGCUCGCCCGCAUGUUCCCCGACCCCGCAGCCGACAAGGCGGGUUGCCUCGGUGGUGCUGCCGGCAAGGGCGAGGGCGAGAUGGCGGUCACGUACGAGGACGCCGAGGGCGACUGGAUGCUCGUCGGAGACGUGCCGUGGGAGGAUUUCGCGCGGUCGGUAAAACGCCUCAAGAUUUUGCUCUGAAGAAACAAACAGAUCGGCACUGCUAGAUUUUGAGAAAUGUUUUUUCCAUUUUCUUCUGUGAGAUUUCAGCUAUGCAUCCUCACUGGCUGCUCAUGUUGCAGACAUCUUGUGAUACUAUAAAUACUUAUAAUAUACAGUUCUACUACAACA